AUGGAUUCCGAACUCCCACAUAACGACCAAGACUUCGAGGGUGCGUCUUGGGGAGAAGAGGGAUAUGAGGAAGCAAAUGAUAUACAGCAUAGCGACCAACAAAGUCAAGAUCCUGCCUUCCCACUUGCCCAAGCUGCGAAUGGUGAUUCAGAAGAUGCUGGCGAAUAUGACCCAGAAUCGGUCACGAUAACCUCAGUUCCAGAGACCGCCGAGUCUACCCCCACCCCCAUUCCUACUCCUACCACGUCCACGUCUGCGAAGCCGAAAUCUGGCAAGCCCAAAACGCAAGGUGGCUUCCUAGUGGGAGACUCUGACGACGAGGAAGACGCGCCGACCCCGGCUUCCACCGCCGCUGUGGCUGCAGGUGUCGCGCAAGCCCCCAUUGCCCAGAACCACCCUCCCCUUCCUGUACCUACUCCAGUUGAGAGCCAAGUGGGCGUCACUCCAGAGCAACCAAACAAUGGAAUUGCCGUGAGAGCGCCCAGCGCAGCAUCCAGUGCUGCGCACGCACCGCCUCCUCCGACUGUGCACCCUGUCCCGAGCAGAGACCCCAAUGACACCUUUGGCAUUUUGGAGGAUCGUGUGAAGGAGGACCCUCGGGGCGAUAUGGAGGCCUGGCUUGCGCUGAUUGCCGAACACCGCCGCUACGACCAGCUGGACGAGUUGCGGGGAGUGUAUGAACGUUUCAUAGAAGUCUUUCCCCAGGCCGCAGACAUCUGGGCAGACUGGGCACAGCUCGAGCUAAGCUCCAACCGGUUCCAGGACGCCGAAGCCCUUUUCAAUCGAUCCCUGGUCAACGUACCAAACGUCAAGCUCUGGACUGUGUACCUCAACUACAUUCGGAGAAGAUAUGACCUCAAUAACGACCCCAACGGCGAGGCUCGCCGUAUCCUGAGCAUGUCAUACGACUUCGUCAUUGGUUCCGUCGGCAUCGAUCGGGACUCGGGUCAAUUGUGGAAGGACUACAUUCAGUUCAUCAAGAGUGGCCCAGGCCAAGUUGGAGGCAGUGGAUGGCAAGACCAGCAGAAGAUGGACCAGCUGCGCAAGGCCUACCAUCGCGCCAUCACAGUCCCCAUGUCCGCGCUCACCGACUUGUGGAAGGACUAUGACCAAUUCGAGAUGAGCCUCAACAAGACAACUGGCCGCCAGUUCAUCCAGAAGCGGUCGCCAGCAUACAUGACAGCCAAGGCGGCGAACUCCCAGCUCGAUCGCCUGAUCCCCAGACUUCAGCGGACCUCUCUUCCACGACUUCCCCCCGCUCCUGGAUUUGAUGGUGACCAGGAGUUCAUGGAACAGGUAGAGAUCUGGAAGAAAUGGAUCAAGUGGGAGAAGGACGAUCCGUUGGUACUUCUUGACGAAGAGCCUGAAGCCUACAAAGCUCGUAUCCUGUACUGCUACAGACAAGCCUUGAUGGCUCUUCGAUUCUGGCCCGAGAUGUGGGUGGAUGCUGCGGAGUGGUGCUUCGCCAACAACAUUACCAAGGACGGAAAGGAUCUGGGUCUUUCAUUCUUGACGGACGGCAUCGAGGCCAACCCUGAAAGCGUCCUGCUGGCGCUGAAGCACGGUGAUCGCGUGGAGAUGACUUUUCCCGCCGGAGACGACGACGCGAGUAAGGCGGCCCGUGCCAAAGCAAUUCGCGAGCCUUACAGCCGGGUUCUUGACACAUUGUACGCCAUGUCCAAGAAAAUCAAGGAACGGGAGGAACGGGAGGUUCGCAAGAUCGAGGAGGCUGCUGCGCGCGAUCCCAAUGUCAAGGAUUCGAUCGAAAACAACGACGAUGAUCUCGAUGGUGACAACCGCGGACCGGCUGAUCUUGGGAAGGAGGAACGCAUCAAGGCCGUCAAGCAUGGCUUUUCAGUACAAGCCGAUAUGCUUAAGCGCACCAUCUCGUUCGUGUGGAUUGCACUUUGUCGAGCUGCGCGGAGAACACAAGGCAAAGGCAAUACGACUUCGGGUCUCAGGCAGGUUUUCAUCGAAGCUCGCGGUCGGGGGCAGCUCACCAGCGAUGUUUACAUUGCUGUUGCGAAGAUGGAGGCCCUUAUCUACAACGACCCAGCUGGUGGCAAGAUCUUCGAUCGCGGUGCCAAGCUGUUCCCGGAAGACGCCAGCUUCAUGCUCGAGUAUCUCAAAUUCUUGCACUCGAAGGGCGACACGACAAAUGCUCGCGUGGUGUUCGAGACCUGCGUCAACCGCCUCACACAGAAGGACGACGCCAAGAAGAAUCAGGCCAAGCAGCUUUAUUCCUACUUCCACAAAUACGAAUCUCAAUUUGGCGAGCUGUCUUCGAUUGCGGAGCUUGAGAAGCGCAUGUCAGAGCUUUGGCCGGCCGACCCAAAGCUCGCGCACUUUGCGAGCCGCUUCUCGGUUGAGACUUUCGACCCCAUUGCCUAUCGCCUCAUUAUCUCGCCAGCUGUCCAGCUGCGGCCGAAGAUGCUGAUCCCGGUCGUUGAGCAGCCGACCUCAGUGCGACAGACUCCCAUGGCGCUACCAGUUCGCCAGACGGCCAGCCCAGGGCCUCAGUACACAGGCCCUCAGUACAUGGGUGUCACGAACUCGCCUAAGAGACCGUUCGCGGGUGACGACUACGAAGAGCUCAAUCGCCCACGGAAGCUUGCCAGGGGAGAGUCGCCGCUGAAGGGUGCCGCUGGCCGCCGUCUCGACCAGCAGAGAAGGAACCAAGGAGCGCCCCUUUCCCGAGACAUCACCUUUCUGCUGGGUAUCCUACCCCCCUCUCAUGCGUACGCACACUCCCCUGGUGCAUUCCGUCUGAGCGCCCCCAACCUCGUCGGUCUCAUAAGAGAGACCCCCGUGCCAGACUACAGUGCCUGGAAAACUCAGCAGGAGCUGGGAGCUCGACAAAACAACGGUAUGCAACCCCCUUCUCAUGGCCAGCAGGCCUCUGGUGAAUAUGGUGGACACGGAUACGAUGGACGAAACUCGCCGCAGAGGACUCUGAGUCCACUCGAUGGCAGCGGUCGGCGCUUGGUGUCGUCCGGCUACCGGAGUUCUCCUCUCCGACCUGGUUCCAGGGGCGGAAAUCAGGAAGCCGCUGCGUACCGACAGGAUGCAACUCAGCAUGGACAAGUCCCGUCAGCGAUUUCGUACAAUGGGAAAACCAACUGGGCACAGCAGCCUGUUGGCUACGGCCAAGCACAGGGGCAGCAAUAUGGCAGAUAUCAGUAUUGA